CAUAGCGCAGCGAGGCAAACCCUUAACUUUGUAUCAAACUUCCAAGUUGUCUUUGAGAGCGAGACACCAGGACAUUUUCGGUUCAGACAAGGAGCCAACACGUUUUCCCGCAAAGGCGAAGAAGAGCGCUGCGCAGUUUGUGUUUCGGACUUGUGGGACCUUGUUACGAGUUGAACAAAAGGAGGAAAAACCGCCGCGUAUUGUGUGACAUCCACAACGCUUGAGGUGGAAAAGCAGAAAAGGACGGUGUCUUUUGAGUAAAAGAAAUGCCAGUUAGAAGCCUUGACUCUGCUGAGGAAGCAGUAUGCAGGCUUGAGUGCUGAAGAGGUGGCCUUACCCUUUCUCUUCUUCUGCCUCCUGUUUGAUCCAGACAAUCAAUCUGCUCAUGAAGUCAGGGAGCAGCAUCCCAUCCCAGAGACAGCUAUGUCUACCUGCUGAGUGCCUUUAACCUUUGGCACUCGUGUCAUGACAAGUCUGAAGCGCCCAUCCAUGGAGCACACCGUUGGGGGUUCCAUCCCCGCCGCUGAUGAGUUUUACACCCGCCACCUCCGUAUGGUCAAUGGAGGGGCUGUGCCAACCCGCACAGACAAUGUUCAUGCCACUGUGGCCACAGGAGUGCCUAAAAUGGGUGUUCGGGCUCGGGUUGCUGAUUGGCCCCCAAGAAAAGACCUUGCUCUGUGGCACCCAGCUGUGGAGCCUGAGAACCCUGCUGUGCCAUCUGCUGGAAAACCUCACAUUAGGUUAGGCUCGAUUAUUAGCCCUCAGGACUCGUCAAUGCUGCGUAACAUCCACAAUACUUUGAAGAAUCGAACCCAGCUCCAGGGGAACCACUACAGUCCUGACACCCGUUACCUGGCCCCAGGAGACUACAGAGGUCCAUCACAUCGAAACCCACGGCAGAGACGCAUCCGUCAGCGCAGCAACAGUGACAUGACUAUCAGUGAGAUGGAAGGCAGUGGGGACAGUGGUGAGGACUGGGGUCCACCAUCCGGAACCAAAUGGUCCCCUCUUCACCGUGAAUAUGGCAGCACCUCCUCAAUAGAUCAGCAUGGAGCAUCUGGAGAGAGUUUCUUUGAAAUGCUUAAAGGCUAUCAAGGGGACAAGGUUGACCAGCGUAGCCCUGCUCCAGCAAAACUAGAGGACAUGCUGAAUGUGGGGUCCAAGCAGACCAUCAUUGAUCUUCAGGAGGAUGUCACGGAAAACCUGCCUCCUAAAACCAAGGACAGAGAUAAGCCCCCAAAGAGACGCACUAAAUCUGAGACAGGGGGGGAGUCUAUAUUCCGUAAACUUCGAAAUGUGCGAGGUGAGUCAGACUCACCCAGAGCGGGGUCUGACAUAGAGGAUAGCAGGACAGAGGACAUGGGCCCCCCUCUUAAGCCCUGGGUGUGUCAGAAAGGCUUUUCCCACUAUGAUGUUCAGAGCAUGCUGUUUGACCUCAACGAAGUAACUCAAUUGCGACAGUCGGCAAGCAAAAGGAAAAACACCACCACAGGGGCAUCUGCUGCUGCUGUAGCAUCAGCAACCUCCACCCUCUCGUCCACCCACAGCCUGCCUUACAGCUCUCCAAGCGGCAGCCAGGAAGAGCUCAAUUCAAGAGACAGUCCUACCCUGGACACAGGGGAUGAGCAGAGCAACGAAAUGCUACUAAGUUGCCCCUGCUUCCGCAACGAGAUAGGUGCUGAUGGCAAUGGGAGACGCAGAUUGGGAACAGGGUAUCAUGGGCUUGUGGGUGGUGGAGCAGGUAACGGCAGCUCAGGGAACCUGAGUGUGGAAGGAAACUUGUAUGAAACAUCUGUGAGCACACACUGCACCAAUGCUGGAGUAGCAGUGCUCGAAGGACCAAAAGAGGGCCCUAGCACACUCAGUGAAAAGGGCAAACAAUACAUUGUGGAGCAUGUGGACCUGGGAGCCUACUAUUAUAGGAAGUUUUUUUACCUAAGGGAGCACUGGAACUAUUUUGGGAUGGAUGAGGUGCUGGGUCCAGUGGCAGUGAGCUUGCGCAGGGAGAAGCUAGAGGAGGACAAAGAGCACGGCCAGCAGUAUAACUACCGCCUCAUCUUCAGAACAAGCGAGCUGACAACUCUUCGAGGUUCUAUCCUGGAGGAUGCAGUGCCUUCCACCUCUAAGCAUGGCACUACCCGAGGACUGCCCAUUAAAGAGGUACUGGAGUACCUUCUCCCUGAGCUGGAUCUGUCCUGCCUUAGACUGGCCCUCAACACACCCAAAGUCACAGAGCAGCUGAUGAAACUGGAUGAACAAGGGCUGAGUUUUCAGGUAAAGGUUGGGGUGAUGUACUGUAGAGCGGGCCAGAGCACAGAGGAGGAGAUGUACAACAACGAGAUGGCCGGUCCCGCCCUGGAAGAGUUCCUCCAACUGCUGGGGGAGAAGGUUCGCCUCAAGGGUUUCACCAAGUACAGAGCCCAGCUGGACACUAAAACGGAUUCCACAGGCACUCACUCUCUGUACACGACAUACAAGGACUAUGAGAUCAUGUUUCAUGUGUCGACCCUGCUGCCUUACACACCCAACAACAAACAACAGUUGCUGAGAAAGCGCCACAUUGGGAAUGACAUAGUAACCAUCGUGUUCCAGGAGCCUGGCUCUCACCCCUUCACGCCCAAGGCUGUUCGCUCUCACUUUCAGCAUGUCUUCAUCAUCGUAAGGGUGCACGACCCCUGCUCUGACAACACAUGCUACAGUGUGGCUGUCACCCGUUCCCAGGAUGUCCCCUCCUUCGGCCCCCCAAUCCCCAAGGGUGUGACUUUCCCCAAGUCCACUGUCUUCAGGGACUUCCUAUUGGCCAAAGUCAUCAAUGCUGAGAACGCAGCCCACAAGUCGGAUAAGUUUGGCGCCAUGGCAACACGCACUCGGCAGGAGUACCUGAGAGACUUGGCAGAACGUCAUGUGACCAAUACUCCAGUAGAACCCACUGGGAAGUUCCCCUUCAUCUCUCUGGCACACAAGCGGCGGGAGAAGGUGCGUCCAUACAGCGGGGCGGAGCUCCGCAGCCUGGGGGCAGUAACCUGGCAGGUUCAUGCUGAAGACCAAGUGGCCGGCGCUGAACGCGAAUGCCUGUUGGCCAUUUCAAAUGACUUCAUCAUCCUACUGGAUCAGGAGGCCAAAGCAGUCGUGUUUAACUGUGCCACACGUGAUGUGAUUGGUUGGUCAUCUGGAAGCCCCGCCUCCAUGAAGAUCUACUAUGAGCGUGGUGAGAGUGUGUCGCUGCGCUCCAUUAAUAACAACACGGAAGACUUUGGAGAGGUUGUCAAAAGACUGGAGCUCUUGACCAAGGGCAGCCAAACCACAGAGAUGACCCUGCGUCGUAAUGCCCUGGGCCAACUGGGCUUCCACGUCAACUUUGAGGGCAUUGUAGCAGAGGUGGAGCCCUACGGCUAUGCCUGGCAGGCUGGACUCAGGCAAGGUAGCAGAUUAGUGGAGAUUUGCAAGGUUACAGUGGCCUCACUGUCCCACGAGCAGAUGAUCGACCUGCUCCGAACCUCCGUCACCGUCAAGGUGGUCAUCAUUCCUCCACACGAAGACUCUACACCACGCAGAGGCUGCUCAGAAAUCUACCACAUGCCACUAGUGGACUACAAGAACCACAAGGAGGGCAUGCCCUAUGAAUUAAAGUUCCCCUUCCGCCCGACCAACAACAACAAGUGGCCACGCACAUCCUCCAGCCCUCAAACACGCGCUGCUGGCACAGGGGGAACACUGAUCAAGGCCCCGCCAUCAGAUUUCGGUGACCGUAACUCUGCUGCUAUUCCACGCAGUGUGUCCAGUGAUGGUCGACCCAUCAAUCCCAAAAGAUAUUCCCCUGGGAACGAUAACUAUGCUCUUGCCUGCUCCAUCGUGAUGGGUCGCACGCUGCACAACACAAACUCCCCUUCUAGCCUCUCCUACUCUGACACCAUGGGCUCCAACCAAUGGAGGCAGAAGUCUAUGCCUGAUGGGUUUAAUAACAACAACUGCCAGUCCCCUGUGACAUCUGUGCGGCAUGUGGCAGGUGACGGGGUCAAAGUGUCGUCUAGCACCGGUGCUGCUUGGUCCCGAACUGGGGAGGGUGACACAGCCAGCAGACAGGGAGACAAAUCCAGUGCAGACACUUUGGUUUCCAAGGCAGUGAUUCCUCGACUACAGCCGCCAGAGCAAAGCGGACACAUGUCGCCUAAUAAGAGUACUAAGGCGGAUGCUCCAUAUUCAUCCAGCCAGUCGAGCAGCAACACACUCUCAAGCAACGCCUCCAGCUCCGCCCACAGCGACGAGAAAUGGUAUGAGGUCGGUUCCCGUUCAGGGGUGCGGAUUGAUCUAGAGCUCAAUGGCUAUCUUCAGGGGACCUCCACUGACAGUGGCAUCGACGCCACGUCCUUCACUGCUACCCAAAGCAGCACAGCUUCUUCAACUGGUGCCUUCAGGGCCAAAGAAAAAAUUCCAUGGCAGGAUGAGUCAGCAGGGAGCCAGAGAGCCACCGACAUGUCACCUCCAACACCAGACUCUCUUGAUGCUAUUGGAGGCAGUGAGAACCCGGCGACGAGCCCAUCAGCCUUCCCUCCUGACAGUGGUUCCUACAGUGAUGCCGCCUCCCACUCCAGCACACUGAGUUCUGGCCACUCAGGGAGUCCGAUGGGCCAGGGCUGCAGUCCCAUGUCACCCCAGGAUGAGUCAGCCCCCUCACUCACAUCCCAGAACUCCCCAGGGCCCAAGAGCUUCUAUCCUCGGCAGGGGGCGACCUCGAAAUACCUGAUUGGCUGGAGGAAACCUGGGGGAACCGUCAACUCUGUGGACUUUGGCAGCACUCGCAAACGGCACCAGAGCGAUGGCUUAUUGGGCGGCCAGCCGCAGCUCAGGGCCAAUCUCCGGGGCUCCCAGUCACCCCAGCGGCACACUGCCAAGUCCAGCUUGGAGGAAGACUUGAAGAAGCUCAUCACACUUGACAGCCCUCCACCCACUACAAGUGAAGAGAAGCCAUUGUUUCCUGGCCCACCACCCAGUCGUCGCUCCCUCCAUAGAACGCUUUCAGAUGAGAGUAUUUACAGCGGACAGAGGGAGCCUUCCUCGACUGGACAGCGCAACACACCCACCGACCUUCUGUUCAGCUGCUCCACCAUGCCACGCUCACCCACUGCUCGCCACGCAGCCAGCCGACGAGCGUCACACAAAUCCUUGGGAGACCUGUCCGCCCCGGAGAGCUCAGAGCUGGAACAGGAGAGGAAGAGGCAGCAGCUGCAGGAUCCUGUCCUCAUGCCCCUGCCUGACUCUGGGGCAGAUGGUCCCCUGGACUGGGCCCACCUGGUAGAUGCUGCCAAGGCCUUUGAGGAGCAGAGGCUGGUCUUCCUAGCAGCCCAGGAGGAGAGCUCCAUGGCUGAGAGCACAGCAGCCACCAGCCCCCAGCAGGCUGAGCCUCAGGCAGCCCCACUGAGACAACCCUCGCCUGGAGAGAUUCCGGCCUGUUUGAUGGGGAAGGUCAGCCAGCUGGAGUCCAUGGUGAAAGCACUACAGGAGGACCUGAAGAAAGAGAAGGAUGCCAAGGUGUCACUGCAGGUUCAGAUCCAGAGUCUGCGUGAAGACAACAAACGUCUCCUGGAGGAGUCCUACAGUGCUUCAGCCAAGCUCAAGAAGUUCACAGAGUGGGUUUUCAACACCAUUGACAUGAACUGAUGCACACAGCCGUCGACUGUUCUCCACUGGGAGUAUGACCACUACUGAAGCUGACCUGAAACUGUUCAGUACUGUACACACAUUACAGUCCUUCAAGGACCAUCCAAAAAAUGUUCAUAAAAACUCACAUCAAGAACAGUUUCUCUCACAAACCAGUGCCAACGUAGACUUAUUUGCCAUCCUGCUUCAGCCUUGUGAAUCUGUGGUAUAAUAAUCACCAUGAAAGUCAGAGAAUCAUUACAAGAAAGGACAGGGGGACAGAGAAAUCGAGCAGUGGUGUAACUGUGUGAAAGUUUUGAUCAGCAUGCAGUCCCUUCCUUAGAAUUUCACAAAUGAUAUGAUGCUUUGUGUCCAAUUUAACGGAUUGUUGGUAUCCCUGCAUGUCAGAGAGUGCAAGAUGUUGAAUUUAACCUAAAGGGAUUUAAAGUUACUGUCCCUGUGUAGCUCCCUAGCUAACUUAAUUACAAGUGAACAGAUUUCUAAUUAUAAAGUUGUAGCCCAAAUAAAAUUAAAUUUCAUCCAAUUUAAGAGUUAUCAAAUAUAGCCCCAUAUUCCUCUGAUAGAGGUCGACACUUUUUAAGAAUUGACAGUGUGUUGCAGAUUUUUUUGUUUUACAUUGACCUUCAAUUUUCCCAACUCAGUGAUGACGUCACUGUUUUUUGUUGUUGUUUUUUUAAAUUACUAAUCAAAAAAGAGAUAUAUGCUAGAUACUUUACAUGAAAGAUAUCACUAUCUUUAUGGUAGCAGUGUGCAUAGGUAGAUACAGGCAGACCCUUUACAUAGCAUACACUGUAAACACUGUAAUGUCAAGCGCCUGUCUGUAAUCCCUAUAUGAAAAAUGUUCUAGAGGGUUAUUGCAAGUCAAAGCUGUAUAGAACUACUGGUCAAAAGUAGAUGAAAAGAAUAUAUAUUGUACAAACACAGAACAAUAUGGGUGCCAUAAAAAUAGAGCAAUGUCACUUAUUUCAAUUCUUGUAAAUAUAUAAUGUUAACUAUUUUCUCACCUCUGCCCUUGAUAUAUUUAAAGAGUAUUUAUGAAAAUGUAUGGCCAAAAAAGAAAAAAACAGCCUAUGCAGUUCGAGAUCUGCAUGUUUUUAUUAUAGUCAGUCUCGUAUGUGAGAGGAUAUUUAUCCUUUAACUCGAAACAAAGUUAUCAAUAAAACAAGUCACAUUUUUAAUCCAAACUACUAAAAAAUACAAAUCAAUAAUCAGAAAUUAAUAUGUUUUUGGCACAUAAAGACCUCAUAAUAGUGUUUCACAGAUGCCUGCUGCAGUGGAUUGAAUGACAGUGCCACCUAGUGUUGAUAACAUGUAAAAUGCUAUAUGGAUCUGACCCCCCUCCUCCAUCCAUAGCAUGCUAAAAGGCUUCAAUCUGAUCCUUAAUUCUCUCAAUAGAUUAAAAUCGGUACUGUUUGGUAUAUUAUUACAUAGUAAGAUAUUGUGUAAAUCCUGAAAUUCUAGCUACAGAGGUUUCUGUAGUAGCCUAUGUAAAUCUGCUUUUAAGCCUGACCUGAAUUUGGUCUCUAGACGACCAGGCAAACAAAGUCUAUAUUUAAGCCUCAUAAGUGAUUCCUUUUGUACUCAGAUACUGUGCAACUGUACAUAAAGAGAAUUUGAUAUUCAUCAGAAUUUGCACCUUCAUUCUUAUUUUUUAAGAUUAUUUUUGAUGUAAAUCUGCUUUAUUGGCUAGGAUAUAGAGGAGAGCAACAGGAGUAAUAUGAAAGAGAAACAGGGGAUAAGGCAGGACGAAGACCAUGAGCCGGACUCAGACUCAAGACUGAGUCCCGCACCCCUAGCACAGCAGAUCGCCCCUGCACCUUCAUUCUCAACAUGUGUGACAGCAUGUGAUUCUGUUUCCAUUGAGC